AAUUAAGCAAAAUUAAAAGUUUAUCAAGGGACAAACCAGUACCAGCAUCAGCUUUUAAUUUCUUGCUUUAGGAAGAAGGAGGAGGAAAAGAAAAGAGAAGUUUUGAACAAUCCAGUGAAAAUGAAGAAAAUCAAAGCCUUGCUGCAGAACAGUUUGGAUAAAAAGGAGAGGAAGAGGAAGAAGGAGAAGAAGAAGAAGCACAAGAAGCACCGGCGGCGCAGCUCCAGCAGCGACAGCUCCAGCUCUGAGGAGGAGAAAACCAGAAAUAAGUCACAGAAAAGAGUGGAGAAUUCCUCCUGGAAGGCUGCUCCUUCCAAAAUCCCGGGAUACGGCUUACAGGUGAGGGAUCCCGAGGUGAGCUGGCGCUCCCGGAGCUCCCCGUGGCAGGAACGGCCGCGGCCGCGCUCGCGGAGCUCAUCCCGCUCUCCCCAGAGCCGAUCCAGCAGGAGGAACCCUGCCAGGAGCUCACCCUGCAGGAACAGCAAACAGCACAGCAGCCGGGAGGAGAAGGGCAGAGCCAGGAGUCCUUCCCCCAAAAAGAGCUUCAGGCGCCAGCAGCCCUCAGGCUACACCAGAAAGAUCUCUCCUGAGGAACUGGAGCGAAAACGGCAGGAAAUGAUGGAAAAUGCCAAGUGGAGGGAGGAGGAGAGAGCCAACAACCUCAGGAAGCACCGCAAGGAGGAGGAGCUGGAGCGGGAGCUGGAGAAACUCGACGCCAGGGAUGGGAAAUUCUUCCACCGUUUGAAGCUGGAGAGCGCCUCCACCUCCAGCCUGGAGGAUCGGGUCAAGCGCAACAUCCACUCCCUGCAGAGGACUCCUGCCGCCUUGGAAAAGAACUUUAUGCAGAGGUGAAAGCUCUGUGAGCUCAGUGGACAUUUGUUCCCAGAGGUGAGAGCUCUCCAGGAACCAUCCCAGCUCCCGGAGCCGAGCCCUCGCAGCCUUCAGGACUUGGGAGGGGCUCUGGGUUUGAGCCUUUGUGUUCCACUUGUGCUGCCAGAGCUUCUCCUCCUUCCUCUCCCCACCCCGACCGGCCUCACUUUUCUACCUUAUUCACUGCUUCCCCAAGGAAUUCUGCUUUUGUUAAUCCUUAAAAUGCAGAGCAGAGCCGAUCCACAGCCGGGCUAAUUCCGUGGGGUUUGGCACCGUUGGCAUCCACACCUCGCCGUGUGGCCUUUGGUGGCUCACUGAUUAAUUUCAUUGAUUUUUGACCCAAAAGAAGCCGUUUCUGAGGCAGAAAAAAGGGAGUGAGCAGAGCGUAGCUGGCACAGCAAAUAUUUCUCUGGGAUUUUUGUAAUGUAAGUAAUGUGUAUAUGUACAGCAGUGUAGAUUUAUUUUGCCUUUUGGAUUAAGAAAUUUCACUGUCGUUUGUUAAA